AUGAACUGGAAGCCGCCGAGUGGGUUACAGGAAAUGUCACAUACCUUUGAUUAUGUGACAGCUUGUCUAAAAGAGGGCAAUAUUACACGUGGAGUGAAACUAGCAUUACGUAAUAAGGAAAUUGGCUUAAAUGAAGCAAGCAGAAUUUACGGUGUACCAAAAGCUACAUUAAAGAGACGACUUGAUGGCUCAAAUCAAACAGCCAAAGAAGAAAAACAAGCGCCAGGUUCUACAGGUGAUCUCACACCUAAAUUGGAAGAAAAGUUGUACCAACAUAUUCUAGAAAUGGAAACCUAUUUGUAUGGUCUAACACCAAAAGAUGUGAGAUCACUUGCUUUUAAAAUAGCUGAGAAAAACAAUAUUAAACACAGAUUUAAUAAAACAAAAAAAAUGGCCGGGAAGAAGUGUGCAACGAAAAGCAAGAAAGAUAUUGGCCAAAAAGGAAAGCAUCAAGUUGGUGCUAUUACAAAUGGUGAGCGUGGAAUCACUACUACUGCUGUGUGUUGUGCAAGUGCAGCUGGCCAUUUUGUACCACCUCUUAUAAUUUUUGAACGAAAAAAUGCUAAAGAUGAACUUCGCGACGGUGCUCCACCUGGUUCAACCUUUGCUUUUAACCCCGACAGUGGCUACAUUAAUAGUGAAAUAUUUUUUGUUUGGUUGCAACACUUUAUAGAAUGUGUAAAGCCGACCACGGAGCAGAAAGUUUUGCUGUUACUUGAUGGACACACUAGUCACACAAAAAAUUUGGAUGCUAUUGAAUAUGCCAAGGAAAACAAUGUUGUGUUACUGUCACUUCCUGCUCAUACUUCCAAUAAACUGCAGCCCCUAGAUACUUCGUUUUUUAGACCGUGGAGUUGCUAUUAUAUAGAUGAAACAGAGAAGUGGCUGCGUACAAAUCCAGGAAGACGUGUUACAGUAUUUCAAAUUUCAAUGCUUUUCGGUGAAGCCUACGUCCGUGCUACAUCUAUUGCAACCGCUGAAAGUGAAUAUCGAAGUACAGGCAUAUAUCCUUUUAAUAAGGAUAUUUUCCAAGAUUAUGAGUUCGUUACUUUACCUGAAGAUAACGACAACUUACCGGCUAUUGUGAAUGAGAACAUGAUUGUGGAUCCUUUGUUUUCAGAGCUUAAUGAUGUAGAUGACAAUGGAAUACCAAAAGAUGUUACCUCGGAUGAUCCACCAUUUUCGUGCACCAGCGUUGAAACUACUGAUGUAAAUACGAUGCAAACAAUACCGCCUGCUUCCAAAACCCCUGUUAUACCAAGCCCUGAUUUAUGA